AUGGUUGGUGAUGCCCCUGACUGGCGGCCGCCGAAUACAGGUCUUGGCAAAUGGCCUGCAAAGCGCGUCGGGAGAGCCACAGUGACAAGGGCCCGCGCGGCAGCCAACAGCUCCUCGAGAUGGACGAGCGCAGUGGCUUCGCAGCAUGUUGGCGCGGGCGGCGACGGGCUCAGCAGAUCGCAUUGCCGCCACGCCGGCUGCGAGCAAGCAGGGCCCGUCACCUCGACGGAAAAGCUCGCACCGUCGGUCCAGCUCGGCGGCAGGAACGCGAGUUUCGUCGGGGGCGCGGUGCACGGUGCAACAGCCUGCGGGCGGCAAGGUAAAGGAGCUCCAGCCACUCAAUGCCGAAUCGGCGGAGCUUGCAUCCGCGACGAGCUGGAGCCCUGCACGGAAGGCAGUGCGCAAGGUGCUGCGGACUUGUACUGGCACGCUCUGCAGCGUGAGGACGCACUUGCGAAGUCUGGCUGCGAGAUCAUUGACGUCAAGCGAUUGAAGGUCCAAGUCUCGCAGAUGGUGCUGGCAAAUCAGCGAGACCCACAAGUAUGGGGCAACGUGCUGGAUCAAGCGCUCGUUGUGCAUGCAGAGCUUUCGCCCCACGAUAUGGCCAGCAUUCUCUGGUCAAUGUCGAAAGCUCGCUUCCAUCACGAAGCUUUGGUCGAGGAGUUCGCGCGCACAUUGUCCUUUCGAGCAGGAGUGAAAUCUAUCGUGACCGCCAUGCUGGCAUUGGACCGGUUAGGUUUGCCCACGGAGUCUCUCCGAGCUCCGUUUCUUCAACAACUGAGCGGGCAAUGCCAAGAGCUCAGUUUUGGGGAUUUGAGGCGGGUCCUCAUGGCAUUGGGACGGUGCUGGAAACAUGCAGCUAUCCAACAAGAUCUGCUAAACGAGAUCUGCAACGCUACCGCUGAUAAAGCCGUGGGUUGUGACCCACGUGAUUUGGUAGCCAUGCCGCAGCACUUGGGCCGCUUGAAGUUCUUGCACAAGCCGUUGUUGUCGGCUUCGGCUGAUGCUGUGUCCAAGCUGGUCACCUCGCGUCUCACGGUUCUACCUUUGGAUAUUCUGCGGGCUAUGGACGGGUUGCUGUUAAUAGCGUCACUACUGGAAGGGGAGACGGCCCGAGCUCAGACAUUGGAGCUUGUACGCAAGUGCCAACUAUUCGGUGGCCAGCAGCUGAAGAAAUCAAGGCCGUCAGAGCUUUGGGGCAUCGGAUCGCAGAUCCUCGGCGCCGAAAUCAUCAAUUCGAGAGUUUGGGCUGUUUGGGUUUCGGAGAUGAUCGAGCAUCUGCCAGAAGCCAGCCGUGCCAGAGGAGUUGCACUUCUGCGCCAAAAAAUGGCACGCAAAUGGGCUUUGGAUCGAUUCCCAGACGGAUUGGAGCAAGCGCUUCGGAUUGUGCUGCGACCUCCAGCAAGCGCCGAGCAAAAGUGA